CCUACCGACUAGGUCCCGACCCGGCUAAACCGCAACACGCGCCAGCGAACGUAGAGCGGAGAUUGUUGUUGCAUUCCAAUUUGACUGUCGAGGCGGAUUUGUUUUUACGCCACUUCGCAGCACGGUUUUGCUGGGGAGAAAUCCAAAAUUUUCAAGAAGUUUACCGAAUAUCGAGAAAGACUGGCAUCGUGUGUUCGAUCAGUGAGAAGACAUAGGAGUUGUUCAGAUAGCUUGUGUGAAAGUGUUGUUUACGUGCCGACUAACGGAAAUAUUGCGAAUAUAGAAGAGGCAUUUUACCGCUGCAAAAGAGGAUGGAUGUGGUUUACCUUUGAACAAGUGAUCAAAACGUGAUUAUAACGAAACGUUCAGGGCUGGAGAAUAGAAGGAAGCGUAAAUUUAAAUUUGAAACUUUGCUCGACCAUUUUGCAACCAGCAAUAGCUAGUAUAGAAGAGGAAAGAUUCUCAGAUACAAUUGAUCCUAAAUCCAAUUUGCCGCCGGUGAUUAAAAUUGUUGCUGUGCUUCAUUAGAUCCGGAGCAGUUGUUUCUAAUCAAGACUGACGCAGAAUUAUAUUCAAAUUAGCCGCGAUCAACGUCUUUACCAUCCACCGUCAACCGGUCUAUCAUAUCGCGUGAGUUGGGUGAUAUUUUGCGCCCUCUAAUCGUUCCUCCUCAGUUACCAGGCUGAAAUUCCCCAGUGAAAUCACAUCUGAUUUGUUCCCAUCAACAUCAGCCAAAGAGUGUGAACGGGUUUGAUAAGAAGAAGAAGAAAAGGAAGAAGAAGUAGAAGAAGGUUGGGGUGAAGGUGAAAAUUGGUGUCCCACAGAUAUAGUAAAAGUGAAUCGCUGAAUAUUCAAAUUCAAUGUUUGCAUUUUGCGACCAUCGUGCCACCUGAACGAAGAAAGUAAAUCAUCGGACGACCAGUGGCAGCAGCUUGCCGCUUCGGAGGAAAGUUAAAACAACCAAAGGAAUUCCAACCAUGAAUCAGCUCCGAGUGUUCAACUUUUUGCUGUUUGCAUUCUGCUUUUUAUGUCUGAGCGUGGGCGACGAACUAGGAUUAGCCGAGUCACUAGGCAACGUCGAGGGCAGCAAGAGGCGAGCGCUGAACGUCCGUACCAAUGUCAACAACAUUGGGGUACUGCCCGCGUCCAAAAUGCCCUCAUCUUAUCCACCACCGCCGAUCCAGCAAAGCCGCCCGCAAGCACUAACCGUCCGACCGAUGCUCAAACUAUCGCCGAAUACGAUUGUGUCCCCGCAGCGACCGACACCCGGUACCCCGCAGUAUGUUUCACCCGCCACGAACCUAAUGACGAAGGCAACCUCCCUUCCCCUGGGGGUACCGGCUUUCAAACCCCUCCCGAAACCGGAACCAGAACCGGUGAGAUAUGAUCCGACAAUGGCGUACAAAGGUUUCACCCUCAAAAAUCCUCAAAUGCCCGAUGUUUCCUUCCAGAACCAGCUCAUGAAUCAGACCUCCUCCUUCCACCGUCCGUCCCGAAUCACAGCUGCCGCUCCAAAUCAACACAUUGUCUUCAAAGAUGCUAACGUCCAAGUUCAGCAAGUCCCUGCUUUCCACGCCAUGCCCGAUUCCGUAUCUCGUAUCUCCACCGGUCCGGUUGUCCAAAUCGACAACAAACUGUCAGAACCGGCUAUCAAAAACUCUAUCGUGACCGUUCCGCCACGACACGCUGCCAGCAAGGGAACCACCAUCGUGGACGGUGUCGAUCUGAUGGGACACACCGUGGAAGAAUUGGCCGCUGCGGCCAACGUGAGCGUUGAGGUCAUCAAGGAAGCUAUCCGUGUUCGGAAGCAGGAAAUUCUAGCCCAGCAACAGUAUCAAAAGCAGCAGGCCGCCAUCGUUCAGGCUCAGAUCCACGCGGCGCAGCAGGCUACAUCGACGACUACAACGACGACCACCAGUACGACGACAACGCCGCGGCCGCGACGGUAUCCGGCGCGCUCUGGACACAAGGUUAUGAACGCGCCAAAAGAAUACUACCCAGUAGGCUACGACAAAAACUUUGAUGAUAACUUCACCUCCAAGGUCGACCUGCCAUACACGACAUUCAACUGUGGCGAGCAGAAACAUUUCCCGGGCCUGUACGGCGAUGAAGACCUAGGAUGUAUGGUCUUCCACGUGUGUGCCCUCACCGACGACGGUCUGAUCAUGAAGUCGUUCCUGUGCCCGGAGAGUACCCUGUUCGAUCAAACCAUCCUCAAGUGCAACUGGUGGUUCUACGUGGACUGCAAGAACAGCAAAACACUGUACGACUCCAAUCUGCCAGUGUCCAAGAGCUACCAGCUGAUGAAGGCCCUGUCGUUCUUCUCGUCCAACUACAAGAGCCCGCAGAGUGCCGAAGACAUGGAAGCACUCAAGAACAGCGUGGCGGCAAACAAUGGUACCAGCACGUUCUCAUCGGUCACAGGACGAUCGCUGACGAUGGCGUCCUCAACCACGACAGGAGCUGCGACAGCACAGGUCGAGAUUGAUGGCAAAUCGUCGGCCUCGGUUCAGUCCUCGGUGACGAACAAGGUGUAAAGUGGAUUUUCCCCACCCCAGCAUAUAAGCUGAAAAUUUCGAAGGGUUGCUAUUAAAUUUUGUGAAUUUAGGCUAUAUGAAUUCUUUUUGUUUGGCCGUCAUUCAGGUCGGCUACGUUAGACGAAAAAAAAAUCGUCGUGGUAAGGCGGUUUGGUAAAAAAUCGUUAUUUAUGGGUUUCCUUUAUUUUUCACCAUACCACUUUCUCACCAAACGAGCAAACAAAUUAUUUAUUAAACAAUAAUUUGAGUAGGAAACCAACCGGUUAGCGUUAGGGACGAACGAACAAGUCAUAAAAUAGUUUCUAAAUAUAAUUUACCCGGAGCAGAAACAGCGAACCAGAAGUAAAAAUUGCGCUUUUCCGUUCCUUGGGGGGGACGAAAGCGUAAAUCCUGACAGUUAAACAUGCUGUAAUAUUUUUUUUUUUUGCUACUGCCACUUCGCUCCGGGUUUCGCUCAGCCAGGUGCGGAAAUAAUUUAAAUAUAAACCUGAUAACGUUCGUUGAUAGCACACGGCUGUGUGUGGGGGUGGUAACGCUUCCGCUGGGCGAUUUACACGGUUUUGUCGGCUGCUCUGGGCUGCCGGGAGAAGGUUUGCCCCGAGAAUCACGUGCAGCUGUGCGCGCUCAGUUGAACAUUUUCGCCCGGUGGGUAUGCUUUUUGCAGAGCAGUGAGCGAACAAUUUCACUAUGGGCUGACUGAUGGAUGUAAUUUAGGAAAUACUUUUGAUUUCCCUAGUUGAAUGUUUUGUCUUGAGAAUGCUAUCAUCGGAGGGAGUGUGUGAAUGCACACGACCAUAAAUUGUAAAAUCAACAACAUUUCAAUUCGUUUAUAACAACAACAGCUCAGCGAAGGAAGCUCCCCCCACACACGCACAAUAGUAGUAUUUAAAAACGUAACACUAAAAGAAAAGAGAUUAUUACAAAAUAACAAAUCUAAUGUUGUAGUAAAACUAUCUCCCCGUUGAAAAAAAACGGAAACUUAUGUGAAUGAGAGAAUAUGAGGAGUAAAAAAAUUAUAAACAAUAGUUGUGUCAAAUUUACACAUCAAGCUGCCAAAACAAUACAUACUAUUUUAAAUAUAAUUACCGUUAUGUACUUUCCUACUUGUUAGUUCGGUUUAAGAUUAUUUAUUGUAUACAUUUUAUCGUUUAAUGGAAAGUGACGAACCAUCGCUUCUUAAAAGACUUUUACAACAAGAAAAACACUAUUUUUAUCAGUAUACUUUAUCUCCUGUAUGGGUAUCUUGAAGGUAUAUUUGUUCUAGUAUAAUUAAUGGUAAUAAGAUCAAAUCCUCGGGUAUAUGGAAGCCGUUCGAGUCGGACGGUGAACGUUUUAAGAUUGGUCAUGUUUCGCAGAUGUUGAAGGCAGAAUUUUCAUUCAAGGUAGAUCGAAGUUGAAUUAAAAAUCACAAGCACACCUAAAAAAAUUGCUCAUUGUUUUUGAACGAAGCUUAAAUGUUAGCUGCAUCGUUAUUUGAAUAAAGAAAAACGGCAAACUUUACGAAAAAGCUCAAACAAGUUAGAAAUUCAAGUUCAAGUCAUGACCGGAACGCGGUCACGUUAGCUAAAAAUAAUAAAAAAAAAAACCUACAAAGUAUAGAACCAUUCUGUGUCAAAGCCGACAGGAUUGUCGAAGGAACAAGCAGUGAAUGUCAGAUGAGAAAUAAACGAAUAACAUUCUAACGAGAAA